UCAUCAGCAGCCGCGAGCUUUGGUAGCCGAAGCAGAGUUUCUUGGCGCAGCUGAAGAUGGGUCACUCCAACGUGUGGAAUUCUCACCCUAAGAACUACGGUCCUGGUUCUCGCACCUGCCAGGUGUAUGGGCUUAUAUGUUGUCGCCAGUGCUUCCGAAGCAAUGCCAAGGAAACUGGCUUCAUUAAGUAUCGCUAA